CUUUUUUGAUUUUGAACCAUCGUUACGUUCUACCCACCAAUAACUUAAUGGAUGCCGAAAACCUGACGAUCCAUGUACGCUCCCCAUCACUCACAGAGACAUUAGUUGUUAAUGCCACUAUCCAUGAUAAGAUCCUGAGCGUCAAGCAAUCAUUGCAAAACAUUCAUCCAUAUAACCCAGACACAGCUAGCCAGCGCUUGAUAUAUGCUGGCAGACAGUUAAAAGACGAAGACAUACUAUCCAAUGUCUUGAACAAGGUCAAUGAAUCUAAUAUUUUCAUAUUCCAUCUUGUGGUCAAACCGGGAGGCAUGAAUCCAGUGCCGCAACCUCGAAAACCAGUCGCAAUGAAAGCACCAGAGCAACUAGUACAUCUUGAAAAUGAACCCAAUCAAAAUGCUGGAGGAACUGCUUCAGCUGCAACAUCACCUAUUCCAACUAAAUUAUUAGCCCCUCCGCUCGCCCCGUCAGGAACCUCAACACAACCUACAUUACCUUCGCCCUCGUACUCAGACACCACUCCUGGCCCAUCCAAAAUGAAAGAAAAUGUCGAGAAGGUGCCAGAAACUACAGCAACAUCAUACCCAAAUCCAGAGAUUGUAACCAUCGAUGGGAAACACUAUCUGGCAGUCACCCCAGCGGUUGUGUCGCAGAUUGAAGCCUACGAACAGUACUUGGUGACAUACCAACAAUAUUAUACGCAGUGGUACCAGUGGUAUAACGCCAAUUACGUAUUGAACACCAUACCUGGCAAUGCAGCCAGUCCACAAGGAACACCAAACACCCACCGAGAACAGCCUACAGCACCUGUAGCAGAGGAUGCAGAGGCGGAGAGACAAAGAGCCGCACGGCGAGCAACAGUCGUAUGGCUUGCAGCGAAAUUAAUGCUCGUGCUUUUUGUACUCACACGAAAUGCUAGUAUUCCGCGGAUGAUAUUCAUCUACGUCUGUGCAUUUGUUUUCUUCCUUUACCAAACGGGACAGCUUCGAUUCAUCGUUCGAAGGGUGCGGCCUUGGAGGAAUACACCAGGUAAGAGAGAUAGCUUUGGGAAAAAAUGGACAUUUUGGGAUGAUUAGAAAACGGUGAUACUAAACACAACCUUGUUGGAUACCAGCGACACCAACAGAGCCUUCCAGGGAUACCAACACGGUAGCAGAUCAGCCAAUUACACGGCGGAGGAUAAUUGAGCGUGGAGUUUAUACUUUUGUGGCGUCUCUGUUUCCAAGCUAUGGUCACGACCCUCGAUUGGCCGAAGCAAUAGAUAAUGCACAGCAGGAAGAGGUAAUGUCUU